GAAGAGCAGCUCUCAUGUAUAUUGUGGUAUUUUCCACCGGACGGUCCACAUAAGGUUUAUACGUUCGGAUCUUACUUGGCAAAAGUCUGAGUGGACAGUGUCCGUCGUGACAGGCCAUCAGCGGUUUACAACAAUGGCCGUUUGGCCCGGCAUUGCCUGUUUACUGGGCCUAAUAUGUAUCGCAAUAGUUUGUGCACCAGCCACAGAGGCUGCCAAUGCAAGUACCACCAAUGCGGCUGACGCAAACACGACCACCGCUACAGUGGUGAUUGAGGCGGCGGAUGGCAAUACAACCACAGCGGCGGAUGCAGCUACAAAUACAACCACAGCGGCGGAUGCCGCUACAAAUACGACGGAAUCUGCAGGCGAAACUACCACAUCAGCAGGUGUGACAACAGAUGAAGCAUUAUAUGUGAUCAAACACAACGACGAGGUCUGUAUGUUGGCCACGAUGAACACGACUAUCCGGAUCUCGUAUGAGGCUACCGGAGAGCUUAAUCAGAGCAUCGCUAACACUGUCCCGGUUGUGAUUGGUACGGACGCGGACCCUUUCGAGAGCAAGUGUGCUGAGAAUGAAAUGGACACUGCCAGUCUCGUUUUAACCUGGGCUAUGGGAACAUUCCGACUGCUGCUUAACUUUACUGUACAGGAUAUGGAAGGGGAAGUGAACAGCACAGAAAAGGCCUGGGCGAUGACAGGGUUAGAGUUCACCUACGACAAAUCAGACCAGCUGUACUUCCCUGACGCUGCUGUUGCCGAGAAGUUGACGGUAACCAAGGACAACAUUACUCUGUACCAAACACCUCUGGGUCAGUCAUAUUUAUGUACCGCUGGGGACGAGAUUCUGGUGGGCGAGAUUGAAAAAGGCGCCGCCAUUACCUUCACAGAAAUUGAACUUCAACCCUUUGCCGUAACAAACGGAAAGUUUGGUGAACACAAUGUCUGCAAUGUUGACGAGGAGCUAGAGAAGAUGAAGGAUGAAAGCUGGUUGGUUCCAGUCGUUGUGGCUGGAUGUUUGGCAUUCAUCAUCAUAGUGCUUAUAACUGUAUACGUCAUUUCACGGAACAUAAAGAGGUCUGGAUAUAGAAACAUGGAGUGAUCAUCUGGGGCGAUUCGGAAGUACUCUACCCACACGUUACAUCAGUAAAAGCCGAAGUCUGCAACAGUCAGUUUGCUUGCUUCUUUCAAUCUAAAUAUAGCUCAGUUGAUACUAUAAAGAUCUAUAAAAAAAAUAUAUAAUCAAAAAUGUAUCUAUUCGCCGCUAAGGAAACGUUCUAUCACUGUUGCAAUUUACAGGCAAAAUGAAAUUUUAGUUUUGGAGUUAAGAAAUAAAGAAAUAUAUGCAACAUGUUUUCCUGGACGCUUAAACAUAUGAAGAAGACAGGACCGCAUGUUGUAUUUUACAGGCAGACUGAAUGUUAAUUUUGGAUUUAUGAAAUAGAGAAAAUCCAACAUGUUAUAAUUAUUGCUAAGACAUAUAUAGAAGACAUAGCCCUAUCUCCUAUAUUAUUAACUAUUGGCCAGGUCAGAUGUAUUGUACCUGUACCAGAUGGAGAUUUUCUAUCACGAGAGCUACUGAAUUCCACAAAAAUUAAGGAUUGCUCUUAUUUUGGAUAACUCUAACAUGUGUACACAAUGUACGUACUAGAGUAGGGCAUCGGUAUCGGUUCCAGUUCAUAAAAAUGUUUGUAUCGGCAUGUUCGAUUUCCCUGGUUAUAUUGCUAUCUUUAAAUAUUAGAACCAUCUUCAGAGAGAUCUCCAUGGGUUUUUAUUCACCCAAAUGUUGUUGUCAUGACAUUUUUUGUUUUCUCUGUAUUCAGAUUGUCAUCUAUUAUCUUUCAGAACUUCAUAAGAAAAGUUUACAAAACAGCAAAUUAAAUGAAUAGAAAAAAAGGCAAGGCUCAAUGCCAAGCUCAGUAUUCAUACAUUUUGAGUACCGAUGAGUUAGAGUGAUCUGUGAAGAACAUGGCGAACAAUGAUCCUAUACCGAUCAUUGAAUUAUCUGUGCAAUAUAGAAAUAAUGAAUACUAUGUAGUGAAAAGAAAAUAAUCUAUUUUCAUAUACAGCUGUGUUGUAAAUAUAAUGCCUCGUGUCCAUUCAAGGGUAAGUGCUAAUCCCGACCUUUAAUUGUUGAGGUUGCUGUGUUGGCAUCCGUUAUAUAGAUGUGAUAAGGAGAAGGGGAUGCUGCAUUAUUGUCGCGUUUAGUCUUCCACUGCAUGGGUCUGUCUAUAUAUAUAGCUAG